GCAGAUAUGCUACCACAUGGGCAGUGAGACAGACCCAAACCGGAGGGACAAGCAGACAGACCGGUCCGAUAUCGACAUCCUCCAGCGCUAUGUCGCCCGCUGUUUACCUGGCCUGAUCCCUGAACCUGCUGUGGUGGAGAGCUGCAUGUACACGCUAACGCCUGACCGUCACUUUGUGCUGGACUGCCACCCCAACUACAGUAACAUUGUGAUUGGAGCCGGAUUCUCUGGUAAUACAACACGAAACAUCUCAAACCAAUUCAAACAAAAUCAGGGAUGAUGUGUGUGAUCCCACGUUUAUUGUAGCCACUUGCCAACUAAUUCAAUUCAAUUCAAUUCAAUUUUAUUUGUAUAGCGCCAAUUCAUAACAGAAGUUAUCUUCAGGACACUUUUCA